CCGCCGCAGUCCCGGCGCCGUAGCCGGACGUGGGGUCCAGGGGGCGCUGUGGCCCAGCUGCGCGGGCGGCAGGAGAGGCCACCCGACGCUGGAGGCUUCGCCGAGGAUCUCCGCCUGCAGCACCUCGGUCGUCCCGCCGCAGCCCUGCGCCCCUAGCCCUGCUCAGCGGCGCCCCUCCGGGAUCCGCGUGGCUGCGGCGGCCCAGGAGCUGAUGCGGCUGGGUGGGCGCUGGGCCUCAGCAGGAGCAGCCGCCGCAGCCGCAGCCGCAGCCGCAGCGACCACAGCUCCUACAGGAGUGGGAGGCUUCGCGGCGGCGCCUGGGGCCGCGCCGGUGCCCUCCAGAGGAGGCUUUCGGCUUAGGGACGACCCCCUCGGCCAUGCUGAAGCGGAGACGGCCGCUGCUAGAGGAUCAAGCAGAACAUACUGAAUCAGCAGGACUGACUGGUGGUGCAGCAAGCAUCAUGAGUAAGCACAGAGAGGUCUGUUCCUUAUCACAUGUGUAAGGAGGAAAAGAUUUAAACAAGUCUCUUAAGUGGUGUUUCCUCACCGAUGGAGAAUUACUUCCAAGCAGAAGCUUACAACCUGGACAAAGUGUUAGAUGAAUUUGAACAAAAUGAAGAUGAAACAGUUUCUCCUACUUUAUUGGAUACAAAGUGGAAUAAGAUUCUAGAUCCCCCUUCUCACCGACUACCAUUUAACUCUGCACUGGCCAGUGUGAAUGAACCUGCAGUUUCUAAUGAGUCACAGCCACAGCUGAAAGUCUUCUCCCUAGCUCAUUCAGCUCCCCCGACCACAGAAGGAGAGGAUCAUUGUGCUAAUGGACAGGACUGUAAUCUAAAUCCAGAGAUUGCCACAAUGUGGAUUGAUGAAAAUGCUGUUGCAGAAGAUCAGUUAAUUAAGAGAAGCUAUAAUCAGGAUGAUCAAUGCAGUGCCGUUGAAGUGGAAGAGAAGAAAUGUGGAAACCUGGCUUGUCUGCCAGAUGAGAAGAAUGUUCUUGUUGUAGCUGUCAUGCAUAAUUGUGAUAAAAGGACAUUACAAAGCGAUUUGCAGGAUUGUAAUAAUUAUAAUAGUCAAUCCCUUAUGGAUGCUUUUAGUUGUUCACUGGAUAAUGAAAACAGACAAACUGAUCAAUUUAGUUUUAGUUUAAGUGGGUCCACUGAAAAAGAUAUGAACUCAGAGAAACAAAUGGAUCCAUUGAAUAGACCAAAAACAGAGGGGGAUUCUGUUAACCAUCUAUGUACUACUUCAUCUGAUAGUCUAACCAAUGUCUGUUCCCCCUCACAAUUAAAGGGUGAUGAAAAUAUAAGUAGAGACCCCUCCAUAUCUGCAACUACAGGUUUUACAGUUGAUUCAGUAAUCUCAUCCCAGGGAACAGAUGGAGGUCCUGCUAUUAAAAAGCAAGAGAACUAUAUACCAGAUGAGGACCUCACUGGCAAAAACAGUCUUUCUAGGACCGAUCUAGGGAGUCCAAACACCUCUUCCCACUUGAAUGAGGGGAUCUUGACAAAAAAAGAGUUAGCAGAGGAGAGAACAACUGAAGAAUCCCUCCGGUCUGGUUUACCUUUGCCUCACAAACCAGAUAUGCCUAAUGGGUCUGAAAGGGAUAGUAACUGUGAACAGUUUUCAGAUUGCCUUGUGUCUAGUGACGUUAGGUCUGAUGACAAUGAAGGUUAUGAACAUGAACUUGUUGGCACUACAGAAUUUCUUAAUAUGACAGAGCAUUUCUCUGAAUCUCAGGAGAUGACUAAUUGGAAAUUAACUAAAUUAAAUGAGAUGAAUGAUAGGCAAGUAAAUGAAGAAAAGGAAAAGCUUCUACAGAUUAGUCAGCCUGAGGACACUUACGGUGAUGGUGGAGGAGAGAGUGUUGGAGUGGCAGACGCAGGUCUAGAUUUAAAAGGACCUUGCAUGAAUGAAAGUGAAGAAUGUGAUUUCUCCACUGUUGUAGAUACACCAGAAGCAAAUUCUCUAUCUAAUGGUUGUGAUUCCUAUGGAAUGCAGAGCCCAGUUGUUUCUAUUGUUCCAAAGACUUUACCCUCUAAAGAAGAUUCAGUAACAGAAGAGAAAGAAAUAGAGGAGAGCAAGUCAGAAUGCUACUCAAAUAUUUAUGAACAGAGAGGAAAUGAGGCCACAGAAGGGAGUGGACUACUUUUAAACAGCACUGGUGACCUAAUGAAGAAAAAUUAUUUACAUAAUUUCUGUAGUCAAGUUCCAUCAGUGCGUGGGCAAUCUUCCCCCAAGGUAGUAGCAAACCUGCAAUCUAUCAGUGUUCCUUUUGGUGGUGCAAGACCCAAGCAACCUUCUAAUCUUAAACUUCAAAUUCCAAAGCCAUUAUCAGACCAUUUACAAAAUGACGUUCCUGCGAACAGUGGAAAUAAUAUUAAAAACAAAAAUGAUACUCUUGGGAAAGCAAAAUUAGGGGAAAACUCAGCAACUAACGUAUGCAAUGCAUCUUUAGGAAACAUCUCUGUUGCUGAUACAAAUGGAGAACAUUUGGAAAGUUAUGAAGCUGAAAUCUCCAGUAGAUCGUGCCUUGCAUUAGCUCCAGAUAGCCCAGAUAAUGAUCUCAGAGCUGGCCAGUUUGGAAUUUCUGCCAGAAAGCCAUUUACCACUCUUGGUGAGGUGGCUCCAGUUUGGGUACCGGAUUCUCAGGCUCCAAAUUGCAUGAAAUGUGAAGCCAGGUUUACAUUCACCAAAAGGAGGCAUCAUUGCAGAGCAUGUGGGAAGGUUUUUUGUGCUUCCUGCUGUAGCCUCAAAUGUAAAUUGUUAUACAUGGACAGAAAGGAAGCUAGAGUGUGUGUAAUUUGCCAUUCAGUGCUAAUGAAUGCUCAAGCCUGGGAGAACAUGAUGAGUGCCUCAAGCCAGAGCCCUAACCCUAACAAUCCUGCUGAAUACUGUUCUACUAUCCCUCCCUUGCAGCAAGCUCAGGCCUCAGGAGCCCUGAGCUCUCCACCUCCCACUGUGAUGGUACCUGUGGGAGUUUUAAAGCACCCUGGAGCAGAAGUGGUUCAGCCCAGAGAGCAGAGGAGAGUGUGGUUUGCUGAUGGUAUAUUGCCCAAUGGAGAAGUUGCUGAUGCAGCCAAAUUAACAAUGAAUGGAACUCCCUCUGCAGGAACCCUGGCUGUGUCACAUGACCCAGUCAAGCCAGUAACUACCAGUCCUGUAUCAGCAGAGGUGGAUAUUUCUCUCUUCUCUGGGGGUAUAACUCAGGUUGGAAGUCCUGUUGGAAGUGCAAUGAACCUUAUUCCUGAAGAUGGCCUUCCUCCCAUUCUCAUCUCCACUGGUGUAAAAGGAGACUAUGCUGUGGAAGAGAAACCAUCACAGAUUUCAGUAAUGCAGCAAUUAGAGGAUGGUGGCCCUGACCCACUUGUAUUUGUUUUAAAUGCAAAUUUAUUGUCAAUGGUUAAAAUUGUAAAUUAUGUGAACAGGAAGUGCUGGUGUUUCACAACCAAAGGAAUGCAUGCAGUGGGUCAGUCCGAGAUAGUCAUUCUUCUACAGUGUCUACCGGAUGAAAAGUGUUUGCCAAAAGAUAUCUUUAAUCACUUUGUGCAGCUUUAUCGCGAUGCUCUGGCAGGGAAUGUUGUGGGCAAUUUGGGACAUUCCUUCUUCAGUCAAAGUUUUCUUGGCAGUAAAGAACAUGGUGGAUUCUUAUAUGUGACAUCUACCUACCAGUCACUUCAAGACCUAGUACUCCCAACCCCACCUUACCUAUUUGGGAUUCUCAUCCAGAAAUGGGAAACUCCUUGGGCUAAGGUGUUUCCCAUCCGACUAAUGUUGAGACUUGGAGCUGAAUAUCGACUUUAUCCGUGCCCACUGUUCAGUGUCAGAUUUCGGAAGCCAUUGUUUGGAGAGACGGGGCAUACCAUCAUGAAUCUUCUUGCAGACUUCAGAAAUUACCAGUAUACCUUGCCAGUAGUGCAAGGUUUGGUGGUUGAUAUGGAAGUUCGGAAAACCAGCAUCAAAAUUCCCAGCAACAGAUACAAUGAGAUGAUGAAAGCCAUGAACAAGUCCAAUGAGCAUGUCCUGGCAGGAGGUGCCUGCUUCAAUGAAAAGGCAGACUCUCAUCUUGUGUGUGUACAGAAUGAUGAUGGAAACUAUCAGACCCAGGCUAUCAGUAUUCACAAUCAGCCCAGAAAAGUGACUGGUGCCAGUUUCUUUGUGUUCAGUGGCGCUCUGAAAUCCUCUUCAGGAUACCUUGCCAAGUCCAGUAUUGUGGAAGAUGGCGUUAUGGUCCAGAUCACUGCAGAGAACAUGGAUUCCUUGAGGCAGGCCCUGCGAGAGAUGAAGGACUUCACCAUCACCUGUGGGAAAGCGGAUGCGGAGGAUCCCCAGGAGCACAUCCACAUCCAGUGGGUGGAUGACGACAAGAACGUUAACAAAGGUGUCAUAAGUCCUAUAGAUGGGAAAUCCAUGGAGUCUAUAACAAAUGUGAAGAUAUUCCAUGGAUCAGAAUAUAAAGCAAAUGGAAAAGUCAUCAGAUGGACAGAGGUAUUUUUCCUAGAAAACGAUGACCAGCACAAUUGCCUCAGUGAUCCUGCAGAUCAUAGCAGAUUGACCGAGCAUGUUGCCAAGGCUUUUUGCCUUGCUCUCUGUCCCCACCUGAAACUUCUGAAGGAAGAUGGAAUGACUAAACUGGGACUACGUGUGACACUUGACUCAGAUCAGGUUGGCUAUCAAGCAGGGAGCAACGGCCAGCCCCUUCCCUCGCAGUACAUGAAUGAUCUGGACAGCGCUUUGGUGCCGGUGAUCCAUGGAGGGGCCUGCCAGCUCAGUGAGGGCCCCAUUGUCAUGGAACUCAUCUUUUAUAUUCUGGAAAACAUUGCAUAGACAGAGAAGACAUCAUUUUUUUCUGUUCAGACCUGUUGCAACAGCAGUCAUACCCAAAUCAUUUGCACUUUAAAACUGGAAGAUUAAGCUUUUGUUAACACUAUUAAUGGGGAAGUGGGUGGAGUAGGGUGGGAGUAGGGGUUUGGGAGACAGGGGUGGGAAAGGGAGGUUAGGGGGACAGUUGUUCCAUAAUUCUAAAUCUUCUAUGCAUUUUCCACCAAGAAGAUCUGGGCAGCUUCUGUUACUGCACAACAGUUAUGCUAUCCUUGCAGCUAAUCCUCUUCUGUAACUGGUUAGACAAGAAUUCUGCUCUUCUCUUUUAAGAUUUACUUAUUUAUGGUCAUGUGCUCAGAAAUGCUCAAAUGGGUACAACCAUCACCAGGGGUGGGGUGGGAGGGCAGAGGGGAAAUAAAAAAUGAAGCAUUAGUUCUUGCACUCUUUGUACAGAAUUGAUAUAAAAAGAAUUCCACAC